UACUUUCCGGAGAUCCCAACGCUAGCACAGACGAGCAACUCUUAACUUUCAUUCCAGUUAAAUUAACACAAGAGAAUGGUGCAAACGAGUGUGUUGUAGUAAAACAGUGGUCGUUUUUGAACAUGUGAUUGUUUGUUUACGUCGAAAUGGGUGUCAAAAGUAGAUUUUGUUCCGAGUGGUUGUUCCGGAUUUUUGCGUUUUUGGCGAUAGGAUGGGUUCCGGAGGUUUGGUCUCAACUAGUGGACACGGAAUUCAUCCCUCAAGUGUCAGCCACAUGCAAAGCCGGCCACAUGAACAUCCGUGUCGCUUUCAACAACAGUUUUUCCGGUGCUGUCCACGCUAGGGAUUACCGAACACCGGCUUGUAUGGUCCAUGGAGACGGUGGUAAAGUUGUCACUCUCGACAUCAAUCUCUUGGCCCAGCAAGGGGCCAGUGAUUAUUGUGGACUGCUCGUCAACAACAAAACCGAGGAGCGUUCCGUCCCCAUCGCCGUCCGCAUCCACCGCACCCUCGAGCUCGCCGACGACAAAUUCUACGUGAUCACCUGCGGCAAAGCCGGCUUCCGCAACGCCCGGAACGAAACCUCCCUCGUCUCGUUGCGCCUCCUGGACGGCUCUCGCAAAAUCACCCAAGCCGUCUACAGCAAGCCCUACACUCUCCGCGCCGAGAUCUCGCGCCCUGACGGCACCUACGGCUUCCGCGUCAAGUCCUGCUUCGCCUUCAACAAGCUCAACAGCAGCGUGCCCCUCAUCGACGACAAGGGCUGCCCUACCAACGGGGACGUGAUCGGCCCUUUCGUCUACGACGAGAAGAAGGGCACUGCGGACGCCCAACUCAGAUCAAUGUUCCGCUUCCCGGAAAGCUCCGAGGUGCAUUUCCAGUGCGACAUCGGCCUGUGUCGGGGCUCCUGCCCGGAGCCGGUCUGCAAUGACGGGGCGCAGUCGAGGGCGCUGACCACCGAGGAGGGGAUUCUUAUGGCCGCCACCAGUGUGUUUGUGCUGGAUCCGGGCGAUCCGCCACUGGUGCAGGAGUUGUGCGACGAAGGGGGUGUCCAUCCGACGUGGUUGCUGUGGCUUUGUAUUGCCCUAGGGGUGCUGUUUCUUAUUAUGUUGAUCAUUAAUAUUUUCUUGUGCUCGGCAAUGACGUGCGCUUGUGCCAGGACGGAGAUUAUUGAGAAGGAGCCGAGUAUUAUCGAGGAUUAUGAUCCUUAUAGGUCCUGGCAUGGGAGCCAGUACGGAUCGAGGUACUCAUUAAACGGGGCUCCGCAGAACCCCAAAGGCUACACUUCUGGUGGUUCGACGAUGAAUUCAACCAGAUCAGUGUCGUCCCACAGCGACCACUACGCUAUAGUCCACUCGCGACCUGGCAGUCGCUACAAACACAGGGGGCCGCCUUCGCACGUCGGCAGCCACUACAGUGGAAAAUAAUAUUGUGUUCACCUACAAACUUUCGAAGUGUAGCAUAAGGUCCAUAUUAAGUGCAAUUACCAUAUUACGAUAAACGAUAUUUAUACGACUUACUUUACUGAAAAACCGUCCAGGAAAAUAUCCAGUUUAACAAUAGACUAAGCUUACGAUUCAGUUAACUGUAGCUUUAAUUUUGUAAAUUCUAAAAGUGGAAAUUGUAAAGAGAACUGAUUAAAACUUAUUGUAAAUAUAAAAAUUAUUUUGAAAUAAA